UUGUCUUUUGAAUGGAGCAGGAAUGGAACAAGUUUUGGGGAGAAAACAUCCAGCUGUGGAGAGCCAGUCAGGUAGGGUAAGGAGUGGAUGGAGACUCUGGCUGGGACCCUGCAGCUGGGUGCGGGUGAGGGGCAGGCACAGUGCUCCCCGAGGCAGGGGGGUGGUGUUUGCUCCAGGAUGGCAAAGGGGAGCCCCCUCUUCCCACCCCUCAGGGGCCCCCAGGCUGCAGGGGAGCAAGUGGGCUGCGAAGGACUCAAGGCAUGCAGCACCCACCCACCACUGCUUCUAGUGCAGCAUCACCCCAGCUUUCUGCAGGGGCUGUUGCAUGGGUCAGCACCUUCACAAGUGGCACGUGGUGCACUCCAAAAUGCCCAGUGUAUCACAUCAAUGUUGUUUGUGCCCCAGCGGGUUUGGUGCACCUCAGCAGUACCUGCUGCACCCCAGGACACCAAUGCACACCAGCAUGCCAGGCAGCUCCUGGGCUCUUGCAGCUGCGCUCAGCUGCACUCUCCACUGCACCACUAGGCUGUGGCUCCCUGUGACUUGAAAUAAAGCAUGUCUGUCUCAGCCUUCCAUCAGCUUAGGAUCGCAGGAUUUGCAGCUAUGCCACUCUGUGCAUGUAUGCAUGCAAUGGGCGUGCAUGCCUGUCCGGGCUGUGUGUGUGCAAGGAAAGGGGCUCUCCCCUGCCCUUGCUGCUGGCAGCCGCAUGACCCCAUCCUCUGCCCUGUUCCCCUGCCUGGCCCCAGUGUGGCCUCGGCUCCCACCAGCAGUUCCCUUUCCUGGCGCCGCCUCACUGCGGCAGCAUGGCGGCCCUCAUCUCGGUGUGCGACUUCAUGCAGCAGGUGCAGGAGGACCUCAGCUCGCCCACCACCUCCACCUUCACCAGCCACAUGGGCCACUGCAAGGCCACUGCUAGCAGCCUGGAGGAGGCCUUGGAUGCAGACCGAGCUGUGCUGCAGAAGAUGAGGAAAGCGGCCAAGGCGGAGCACAGCUGUGGACAAGAUCUCAUCAACCACCUGGAAGCCCACAUUGCUGCCCAGGAGAAGUUCUCAGCCAACUACCAGCUAGAGGGUGAGGAGCAGCUGGCCAAUGCCUUCAGUACCUUUGCAACCUUCUCCCAGGAGCUGCUGACCGCUGUCAGGAGCCUGUUGCAGAGUUUGUACCACAACAUUAACUUUUCCCUGGAGUCGUUAAUAAAGGGUGACAUGAAAGAGCUCAAAGGGGAGUUCAAGAAGCCCUUUGAGAAGGCCUGCAAAGACUAUGAGAGCAAACUCACGAAGAUCGAGAAGGAGAAGCGUGAGCUGGCGAAGCAGCAUGGCAUGGUGCGGAGUGAGGUGAGCAGUGGGGAGAUUGCUGAGGAGAUGGAGAAGGAGCGCAGGACCUUCCAGUUAAACAUGUGUGAGUAUCUAAUCAAAGUGAAUGAGAUCAAAACCAAGAAAGGGAUCGACUUGCUGCAAAACCACAUCAAGCACUGCAACUCACAGUUCAAUUUUUUCCAGGAAUGUUUAACUGCAACAACAAAACUGAAGAAUUUUACAGAGAAGCUCAUCCCAGAGCUGCAGAGUCUGAAGACCAGGCAGGACGAGGAGAAGAAGCAGCUGUGUGCCCUUCGGGAUCAGCUGAAGGCAGCGCUGCAGCUGGAGCAGAAGGAGGACACUGGGAGCAAGCAAGCAGGGUACAACAUGCACCAGCUGCAAGGGAACAAGCAGUACGGCACGGAGAAGACAGGGACCCUCUUUAAGAAAAGCGAUGGGCUGAGAAAAGUCUGGCAGAAGAGGAAAUGUACCAUCAGGAAUGGCUACCUGACCAUCUCUCACAGCACGCCCAACCGCCCACCAGCCAAGUUGAACCUACUGACCUGCCAGGUGAAGCCGAAUGUGGAUGACAAGAAAUGCUUUGAUCUGGUUUCACACAACCGCACGUACCGCUUCCUGGCGCAGGAUGAGCAGGACUGUGUUGCCUGGGUGUCUGUCCUCAGCAACAGCAAGGAGGAGGCGCUGAACGUGGCCUUCAGCAAGGUGCAGGGCGGAGGGGAGAGCAGCAGGGAGGAGCUGACCCGGGCCAUCAUCAAGGAGGUCAGAGGCAUGCCUGGGAACAGGGAGUGCUGUGACUGCUCAGCACCGGAUCCCACCUGGCUCUCCAUUAACUUGGGCAUCCUGAUCUGCAUUGAGUGCUCUGGGAUUCACAGAGAGAUGGGUGUGCAUGUCUCCCGCAUCCAGUCACUGUCUCUGGACAAGCUGGCAACCUCUGAAUUGCUGCUGGCAAGGAACAUCAGCAACUCUGGCUUCAAUGACAUCAUGGAAGCGAAUCUUUCCAGUUUCUCCGCCAAGCCUGUGGUGCACAGUGACAUGGCCUUUCGGAAAAAUUUCAUCAUUUCCAAGUAUGUUGAGAAGAAAUAUGCCAAGAGGAGCCCUGCUGCUCAGUGCCCAAGCCUCUCAGAAGCCGUCAAGAAUAAGGACAUAUUUUCUUUACUCCAAGCUUAUGGAGAGAACAUGGAUUUGAGCGAGCCUGUGCAGGCACCUCUGCAGGAACCUGGGGAGACCAUUCUCCACCUGGCAGUGCUGUUGUCUGACCAAACCUCAUUGCAUAUCGUUGAUUUUCUUGUCCAGAACAGCGGGAGCCUGGAAAAGCAGACUGUGAUGGGGAACACACCACUUCACUACUGCUGCACUCACAACAAACCUGAGUGUCUCAAACUGCUGCUGAAAGCCAAAGCCAGCAUUGCCAUCGCUAACAAAGCAGGAGAGACAGCCCUGGACAUUGCCCGGAGGACAAGACAUCCCCAGUGUGAAUUGGUGCUGUUGCAGGCCCAGAACAACCAGUUCAACCCACGCGUCGAUGUAGAGUAUGAGUGGUGGCUGGGCCAAGACGACGUGUAUGAGAGCGAUGAAGACCUGGAUGAGAAGCUGGGUCUUCUGAAGAGGGGGUCUGCCCAUCCCCAGAGCUGCUGCCACCCCCCUGCCACUGCCUCCAGGCCAGAAGCAGCAGGGCCAGUGCCCCAGGGGAGGUGGUUGGACAUCUACGACCUGCCACACACCCACCUCCACAGCCUGGACAUGCCACCAGCUCUCUCCUACGUGCCUUCCUUCCCACCCCAGCGGGCAAAGUCAGCUCCUGAGGGGUCACGUCCUCAUCUUCUUACCAGCUCAUCCAACUUUGCUGAGGACACACGAACCAGGAGGAGCCCCCCGCUGUCUCUCAGCAUCAAGCACAAGCGUACAUCUUCAGAGCCAGCUCCUUGGGUCCCACUUAGCCCUGAGAAACCAAGUCUUGCCAUCCUGGCUUCGGGUGCCCUGAAGGCCAUGGACUGCCUCUACACACCUGUUCCCAGCAAAGCUGGACAGCCUGGCCCACACCGAUCCCUCCAAGAGUCAGAGCCAUGUUGUGGACAGCCCCCACAUGUCCCACCUCCUCUUCCUCGGAGGAGCAGUUUGAACAAGCUGCUGCUCCGCAGGGUCCGUGCUCUUUAUGACUGCAAUGCUGACCGGGAGGAUGAGCUGACUUUCCGCACAGGCGAGAUCAUUGUGGUAUCUGAAAAGGAGGACAGCAACUGGUGGAAAGGCUGGAUUGAAGGACAGCCUCACAGGCGAGGUGUCUUCCCUGCUUCCUUCGUUCAUGUGCUCAACGAAUAGGAGCCACUUUGAUUCAGGAGGGAAUAUCUGAUAAGCCGCUUGAAAUGCAACCCUCCCCCAGCACUCCAUCUGUGCCCCUGGUCCCAGCAUCACCUUUCCUCCCACAGCCAGCCUGCCCCAGAGCACCCCCUGGCCAACAGCGCUGGGGCCCCAGAGCCUCGCGUGCCACAGUUUGAGCAGCCUUUGGGGCUGAGGUGCAGGCAGCGGGCACAGAACGGGCCACUGUGCUUUCCCCAAGUGUGGAGAAAGUGCUUAAAGUAACUAGGAAAAUUAAACUAAUAUUCACAUUUUAAAGAAAAUGUACAGCAUUGAAGAAGCUUCCAGGGUGGAGUGUACUACCUAAGCGUUCCCUAGGCCUCCAACCUUAGAUGCUAUUGCACUGGGGGAACCUGGUGUGCUGACUCUAAGGAACAAUAUGGAUCGUAGAGCGGAGUGGAGACACCGCGGCUAGGCUCUAUGACCAGGUGUGGACCCGACUGCUCUUGUGCACACUGAGACCGGUAAGCUGCACAUUUGCUACCCUGAGCCAAUGACCUAUCAUAUUUUUGACAAAAUGCUGUACUCUAGUGCACUU